UUAAUACUCAUAAAUAUCUAUUAGAUACACACGUGUCACCCAGUACCGCAUGAAUAUGGGUAUAUAAACCGUCAUCUGCACUUGUUCUGACAUUACACUAGUGUUCUCUCCUCUAGUACAGAACACCUUCAUCCUUACAGCUACAAUGUCUGGGGUUCUGGCCAUGGUUGUGUUGGCUUUUGCCGCUUGCCUUUCCACAGUCCAGGGCAACUAUGAGGUGCCUGACCUUGGAAACUGUUGUGAUCCCAGUGUUAUUGAAUGCCUACCCAGCUGUUCAUUUGAUGAGGAAGCAGCAAAGGAACUUUCAUGUUUUCUGACGAGGUACCUAUCGUGCAGAUUGGCAGAUUACUAUACUUGCACAUCUACGAAUUUCAUGAUUGAACACCAGGAAGGCGUUAUCGAACACUACUGCAACUGCUCGUAUUCUGAAGCCGUAACUGUAAGCGUUACGUAUGAAGAAGAUCAUACCCUCCUCGUUACAGAUGGUGAACACUGUUACAAAUGUUACAUUUUUGCUUACGUACCGGGUAAGAUUGUCGGGAUGUAUUGUUGCGAUCUGAACGGGAUUUUGCCAUCAUACAUUUCUUUACAUACUGCGGUUGGUUUGGCGAACUGGUACCCAUACGUUUACGCGGCUAGGCAGAUACUCCAAACUUGCGGGAUAGACGAUGGAACCUACAGUUGUGCUGAGUGCUGCUACGAAGGUCACUGUUAUGACGUUUGCCCAUGAACUAAGCGUGUACUCUGUAAGCGUGUGAAAUUGCCUUAAAAUAGCAAAAUAAAAGAAGCAAAUAAA